CAGUGCACGUUGCGAUACGAACGAGUGUGACGGUCUCUACUCUCUACGUACAACGAUCGUCAUCGUAUCCCGUCCGGUGGUAUUAUGCCAAUGCGAUUUUAUUAUUAAUACGCUCACGCGGUAAAACUUAAUUUAUAGGUACCUGUAUUGGAUAUAUCGCCACCUAUUCCGCUAUGCUAUUAUAUUAAAUUCGACGAUAAUAAACAAAACGGUAAAUCAAAAAAAAAAACAUAAUAUUAUCAGAAUCAUGUCUCGCUGAGCCGAGAAUACCGUCCAAAUUUAAGACUUUUAAAUUCGGGGUUUUUUUUCCCUCGUCCAACGUCAUAAUAUAUUCAACCUACCUACACCUACAGAACGGCAUUAUCUAAUAAUUAUCAAUAUAUUAUCGUAAGUCGGGUGCACGAUGGACAGCGUCGAAGACUAUUAUAACAUGGAUUACCCGUACGACGAUUACAAUAAAAAUGAUCUCAUACCGCCAAGUUCUGAAGAAAACACACGCGGAAAUGUAUUUCAACAAUCUACAACAUUGACAGCAAAAAUGUGGCCUCCUGAUAUUUCCGGAGGUUUUGAUUGGACCUUGGAUGUUUUGGGAUGGCAAGUCGACAAAGAUCAAUUGUCAAUUGUUAUAGCAUGUGUUAUUGUCAUUAUAGUACUUACUUCAAUAACUAUUGUGUUUAUAAUUUGGUAUUGUUGUUUUUGUAAAAUAAAAAAUGUACAAAACAGUUGCGAUGAAGAGGAACAAAGAAGUAAUACCAACAUACCUAGUUACUCCACUGUAUUCCUAGACCCCAAAACUGGAAGUUUUAUAUAUAGUAACCGUAUCGUUGAGUUGUUUCCUGAGAGAGAAGGUUCUCCCGAUCAUUGGUUUUUCAAUGAUCAAGGAGAUGAACCUGCAAAUACAAAUACAGUACCGCGUUCAGCCUCUGUACCACCAGCAAAACAACUUCAGUCAUUUGAUCCUUGUAUACGUGAAAUAAAAGAAUUUAUUAGCAAUGAAACAUUUGACGUACCUAAUUUGCAUUAUAUUGACAAUGAGACCCAAAAUGACCCUUGCCAUUUGCCAAACGCUUUACCUCAGAUCUCUGAAUUUAAUCCUCACCAAUUUACUUCCAGCAGCAUUUUGGAAAAUUGCCAUACAUGUGAUGGAAAAUCUAUAACACUGCGAACAAGAAGUCUUCCUACACAUGUGAGAAACAAGAAACGGCCAUUCUCAACAUCUGACAAUUUAUCAGAGCUUUAUGCUAAGGUAAAUUUCAGUAAAAAAAGGAAAAAUCGCAUGAGAAACGAUGAAGCUGCCAUAAUUGCUAUGAGUAAAUCCAGGAGCCAGUUCCUCAACAACAAAGACACAGAUAUAUUGGUUGACAAUGAAGCAGUGAUUGUGUACGACGAACGAACUGCUUUAUAAACAGAUAAUAUUAUGUGAUAUAACUGUAGGAUAAUUGCGUUUAGAAUCUCUUAUGUACUAUAUAUAUUGUCAUAAUUGUUUCUCAUAUGAGUGAGGUUAUUGCAAUACAUAUAAUAACAGUAUGUACAGUUAAAAUGCUGUGCGAGAUAAACUAUAAACUGCGUUCCACUAAAUAUAUGUUGUACUUCAUUAUAUUAUAUUGAAUUAAAAUUGUUUUGAAACAUUAUAUAAUAUACAUAUUACACUAAAUCAAAUACCACUUUUUUAAAUCUGUAUUAUUAUUAUUUUUUUAUCUUCCCUUAUUAUUUUUAUUAUUAUUUUAUUUAAUUAUGUAUAUAAUCGUCAAAUGAAUUAGUGGAGAGAAAAUAAAAUAAUAAUAAAAAAAAUGUUAAUUAUUU